AUCGUAUGUCUUUUUUUUUAUCUUAUAAAGAUUUUUCAAAAUAAGUGUCCAAGUGGUCCCACCACUAUUUUGUAUUUCCUAAAAAAAAUUAAAAUUAUUUUUGCUCUGUACUAAUUAAGUUUCUCUCUCCAACCUUCUUUCUCUCCCCUAACCUUUUGUACUGGCCAUAACCAUUACCAUACAUACUCUCAUUCUCUCCUUCACGCCACAAACGCAUAUCUCAUCAUCGCAUCUCCAUCACCAGUGGAUGUUCAAAGUUGUCUGAGAUGGAGGCUAGAAUUGAAGGUGAGGGUCAACAGUUGUAUGGGUUUAGAGCUGUUGGCAAAAGGAGUGUGGAGUGGGAUUUGAAUGAUUGGAAAUGGGAUGGUGAUCUCUUUGUAGCUACACAGUUGAAUCCUGGUGGUAGCCAAACCAUGGGGCGUCAGUUUUUCCCAUCCAAUAGCUCUUCCUCCUGCUCUGAUGAAGGGAUUAAUAAUAAUAAUACAAGAGAAGUUGAGAAGAAAAGAAGAGCUGCUGCAACAGGGGAAGGCCUUAGUUUGAAGUUAGGGGACAAUGGUUUUGAUCUUAAUGGUGAAAGAGAAGGGACCUCUGCGGCUAAGAAGACGAAGUUUGGAGGUGUGGCUAAUCGCUCGGUGUGUCAGGUGGAGAACUGUGAAGCUGAUCUUAGCAAAGUUAAGGAUUAUCAUAGACGUCAUAAGGUGUGUGAGAUGCAUUCUAAGGCUACUAGUGCACUUGUCGGUGGUAUUAUGCAGCGGUUUUGUCAGCAAUGUAGUAGGUUCCAUGUUCUUGAGGAGUUUGAUGAAGGAAAGAGAAGCUGUCGUAGACGUUUGGCUGGUCAUAAUAAACGUAGGAGGAAAACAAAUCCUGAACCUGGCACUAACGGGAAUCCUCUUAGUGAUGAUAAUCAAUCAAGCAAUUAUCUGUUGGUUACUCUCUUGAAGAUACUCUCCAAUAUGCACUCCAAUCAAUCAGACCAUCCCGGUGAUCAAGAUCUGAUGACUCAUCUUCUGAAGAGCCUUGUCAGCCAUGCUGGUGAACAACUAGGGAAAAGCUUGGUUGAACUUCUCAUGCAAGGAGGAUCACAAGCUAUUGGAAGCUCGGGUUUGCUUGCAAUUGAGCAAGCUCCUCAAGAGGACUUAAAGCAAGCUCCACAGAUUCCUCCGCAGGAAUUGUAUGCUAAUGGGACAGCUACCGAGAUCAGAUCAGAGAAACAAGUCAAAGUAAAUGAUUUUGAUUUGAAUGAUAUCUAUAUAGACUCAGAUGAAGGUACAGAUAUCGAAAGAUCUCCUCCUACGACGAUUCCUGCAACCAGUUCUCUUGAUUAUCCUUCGUGGAUUCAUCAGUCUAGUCCACCUCAGACAGGUAGGAACUCAGAUUCAGCAUCUGACCAGUCUCCAUCAAGUUCCAGUGAAGAUGCUCAGAUGCGCACAGGUCGGAUUGUGUUCAAACUAUUUGGGAAAGAGCCAAAUGAUUUCCCUGUUAUCUUACGUGGACAGAUUCUUGACUGGUUAUCGCAUAGUCCAACUGACAUUGAAAGCUACAUUAGGCCUGGUUGUAUCAUAUUAACCAUCUAUCUUCGUCAAGCUGAAACUGCUUGGGAAGAACUUUCUGAUGACCUGGGCUUUAGCUUAAGGAAGCUUCUAGAACUCUCAGAUGAUCCUUUAUGGACAAGUGGAUGGAUUUAUGUUAGGGUGCAAAACCAACUUGCAUUUGUAUUUGACGGUCAGGUUGUUGUUGACACUUCCUUACCGCUAAGAAGUCGUGAUUACAGCCACAUUAUUAGUGUCAGACCACUCGCUGUAGCUGCAACAGGGAAGGCUCAGUUUACUGUAAAAGGCAUCAAUCUCCGUCGACCUGGCACAAGGUUACUUUGUGCUGUAGAAGGAAAAUACUUGAUUCAGGAAACAGGAGAUGAUUCAACGAAAGAGAAUGAUGAGAAUAAUGAGAUUGUUGAGUGUGUCAAUUUUUCUUGUGAUUUGCCUAUAACAAGCGGUCGAGGAUUCAUGGAGAUUGAAGACCAAGGACUCAGCAGCAGUUUCUUCCCUUUCAUAGUGGUUGAAGAAGAUGAUGUUUGUUCUGAAAUCCGUAGACUCGAAACCACCUUAGAGUUCACUGAAACUGAUUCCGCUAAGCAAGCUAUGGAAUUCAUUCAUGAAAUCGGUUGGCUACUUCACAGAAGUAAGCUCGGGGAAUCAGAUCCAAAUCCAGACGUUUUCCCAUUAACAAGAUUCAAGUGGCUCAUUGAGUUCUCAAUGGACCGAGAGUGGUGUGCUGUGAUCAGAAAGCUAUUGAACAUGUUCUUUGAAGGUGCUGUUGGUGAUUCUUCCUCUGAUGUCGAGCUAUCAGAACUGUGCCUUCUUCACAGAGCCGUCAGGAAAAACUCUAAGCCUAUGGUUGAAAUGCUCUUGAGAUACGUUCCCAAGCAGCAAAGAAUACACAGCUUGUUUAGACCAGAUGCUGCUGGUCCAGCUGGUUUAACACCUCUUCACAUUGCAGCUGGUAAAGAUGGUUCAGAAGAUGUGUUGGACGCUCUAACAGAAGAUCCUGCAAUGGUGGGGAUUGAAGCGUGGAGAGCAUCUAGGGACAGCACAGGCUUCACACCAGAAGACUAUGCACGCUUACGCGGUCACUUCUCAUACAUCCACUUGAUUCAACGCAAGAUCAAUAAAAAAUCAACAACUGAAGACCAUGUUGUGGUCAACAUCCCUGUCUCUUUCUCGGACAGAGAGCAGAAAGAACCAAAGUCAGGUCUGAGGACAUCAGCUUUGGAAAUCACGCAUACUAACCACCAGCUUCAGUGCAAGCUAUGUGACCAUAAACUGGUGUAUGGGACAGCUCGCCGGUCUGUAGCGUACAGACCAGCUAUGUUGUCAAUGGUGGCGAUUGCUGCGGUUUGCGUCUGUGUGGCACUACUCUUCAAGAGUUGCCCAGAAGUGCUCUAUGUGUUUCAACCGUUCAGGUGGGAGUUGUUGGACUAUGGAACAAGAUGAGUGUAAGCCUACGUUGAAGAAGUAUUUUGUAAGAUAUAAAUAUAACUGUUAUUACUUUUUAUAUAAAGGUGUGCUUUCAAUAUGUAACUAUGAGAAUAAGAAUAGAACAUGUGUUUAGAAGAUUGCUCUUUUGUAAAAUUCUCUCCUUUUCUCUUUGGAACAUGAAGAUUCUGUGUCUGAUAAUAUAUUUUUGUUGGCAUAAUUUUUCUUUGUAAUGAUACAAUGGAGAUGAUGUUG